UCUGCACUCUUUUCUUCUUCUCCUUCUUCUUCACGAGUAGUAAUUUAACCUUUCUUCUUCUUCUUUUUCUAUGGCUUCAAUGAACUUGCUGGGUUUCUCUCUCUCCCCUCAAGAACAACACACUACUACUACUCAUCAUCAUCAAACUCGUUUUGGGCUAUUCAAUCCCACUGCACAAGAUGAUGUAACUGCUGCUGAUGAUGGAAACUGCUUCGAUCUCACUCCUUCCACUCAUGCCGCUACUACUCUCAACCUCCCUCCUUUUCCCAUAUAUCAAGAACCCUUCAACAAUCAUCAUCAUCUUUCUACUCAUCAAGAUUGGAAGGAGAAUAACUACAUCAACCAAAACCUGCUAUUGGAAACUUCAUGCAACAACAAUAACAAUGUCGACAACAACCACCACCACCAACAACCCAAGCUCGAGAACUUCCUCGGUGGACACUCCUUCGCCGAUCAUCAUCAUGAUUACGGUGCCAACUCAUCAGGAGACUACCUCUUCCAAAACUGCUCUCAGCCGGAAGUUACAGCAGGAGGAGGAGAAGGCUCCGCCGGCGGCGGCGGUGGAAGCACAAACUCAAUAGGGUUGUCAAUGAUAAAAACAUGGCUGAGGAACCAACCACUUCAUCAUCAUCAUCACUCAUCAGAAAACAAAGAAACCAUGAUUGCAUCUUCAAAUAACACUACUGCACCAACAACUCAAACAUUGUCGCUUUCUAUGAGUACUGGCUCACAAUCUCUCCCACUAUUACCACCUACUAAUAAUAAUAAUGUUAGCGGAGACAGUUAUUCUUCGUCGGAAAUAAACAGCAGCAACAACAACAAGCAGAUAGUAGUAGUAGCAGGAGGGUCUUCAUCAACGGGAGCAGUUGAAAAUGGAAGUAUUGUUGAGAAUAACAAUGUGACCAAAAAAUCCAUUGACACUUUUGGACAAAGAACUUCCAUUUACCGUGGUGUAACAAGGCAUAGGUGGACAGGGAGAUAUGAAGCUCAUUUGUGGGAUAAUAGUUGUAGAAGAGAGGGACAGACUCGCAAAGGGAGGCAAGUAUUUGCAGGAGGUUAUGACAAAGAAGAAAAAGCAGCUAGAGCCUAUGAUUUAGCAGCCCUAAAAUACUGGGGAACCACAACAACAACAAAUUUUCCGAUUAGUCAAUAUGAAAAAGAAUUAGAAGAAAUGAAGCACAUGACAAGGCAAGAGUAUGUUGCGUCAUUGAGAAGGAAGAGUAGUGGAUUUUCCCGUGGUGCAUCCAUUUAUCGUGGAGUAACAAGGCAUCAUCAACAUGGUAGAUGGCAAGCUCGGAUUGGAAGAGUUGCAGGCAACAAAGAUCUUUAUCUAGGAACUUUUAGCACUCAGGAAGAGGCAGCAGAAGCAUAUGACAUAGCAGCCAUAAAGUUCCGAGGUUUGAAUGCAGUUACAAACUUCGACAUGAACAGAUACGAUGUGAAGAGCAUACUAGAGAGCAGCACCUUGCCCAUUGGUGGCGCCGCCAAGAGGUUGAAGGACAUGGACAAUGGAGACCUAAUUAAUGUAGACAAUAGUGUUCACCAAAGACAACACCAAGAAGAUCACAGCAACAACAUCAAUUCUCAUUCUCUAACUGAUGGAAUCAACAACUUUGUAACUGCGGCGGCCGCCACCCAUCAUGGUGGUUGGCCUGCUUCCCUUGCAUUCCAACACUACCCUGCUAACUAUGGAUCAUCAUCAUCAUCAUCACAAAGGUUCUGGUGCAAGCAAGAGCAAGAUUCUUCUGAUCAAAACAAUGUGUCUCACAAUUUUCAUCAAGAGAUUCAUCCUUUGCAACUAGGGGGUAGUACCCACAAUUUCUUUCAGCAUGGUAUCAUGACAUUGGAUCAUUCUGCUUCCAUGGAUAACAAUAACAGCUCUGGAUCAAGCUCUGUGGUUUAUGGUGGGGGUGGUGGUGGUGGUGGUGAUGUCAAUGGUUAUGUGUUUCCAAUGGGUGCUGUUAUUGGCAAUGAUAACAAUGAAAUCAAGGGACUUGGCUAUGAAAGUGUUUUUGGCAGUGAGGCAUAUAAUCAAACACAUGGAAGGCAUCUGUAUUAUCAGCAACAAUCAUCAGCAAUGGAUCAUAACAAUAAUGGAGCUGUAGUAGUUAAGGGUAGCCCAUAUGAUCAUCAUCAUCAUCAUGGUGGUGGUUCCAACAAUUGGGUUCCAACUGCAAUACCCACUCUUGCAGCAUCAAGGGGUCUCUGCCAUGGGGCUCCACCAUUCACAUUAUUGCAUGAAUGAAUGAAUGAAUGCAUGAAGAAUAGUUUAUUAGAACUUCUGAGUCAUAGCCAAGAUCGAAAAAAAAAAAAGUAUAUGAUGUAUACAUACAUUUACUCACUAAUUUCCUAGUCCUUUUUGGCCUAAUUCUAUUCUUCUUUAUUCAUCUAAUAUGAAAUCAUUACUUAAUUAGUGAUUGAA